GUUGUGUGUCACAAAUUACAAGUCACAGCUAACAAACCUGAUUUAUGUUUCUUUUUAAUGUAUUGAAAUAAGAAAUAUUUUUACUUUUACUCAUGAAAUAAAAUGCACAUGCACGUGUUAUGUAUAUAUAAAGGAAACUUUUUCUCUAAAUUGUGUACUACUUUUAAUUAAUAACCAACAUGAACCAAAACAAUAUGAUGAAUUCAAAGAAUUUUUCUUUGCUCUCUGAAGAGCUUUGUACUAUUUUAUACGGUAAAGAAAAAAAUACAGGGAAGACAAAUUCUCUCAUUGAUGAGUUAAAUGCUUUGCCUUAUAAAGCUGAGCUGUUUUUGAAAAAAGAUUUUUUUCAGGACAUCACUUCGUUAUUAAAUGUCUUGUGCCUGUAUAUAAAACCUGCAGAUGAAUUUAUUUCUGCUAAAACAUCACACCUCAUGAACAGUGUGAUAACCAAGCAAAACAUACCUUUAUCAAAUGACCAUUUAGGGAGGGUAAUAGCAUGGCAUGUUAAUUGUAUCCAGAGAUGUUCAGAUGUUGUUUUGCCAGAUAUUUUACAUAACUUGCAAUGUAUUUUGCAAGUUAAUGUACAAGCUGGAUAUAAGUUCAUCAAUGAGUUGAUUGGUAAACAUGGUCUCUUAAUAAAAUUAAUAGAAGCAGAAAAAAAUUAUAAUCAAAGUGACCACAAUUCUUCCCAAAUAACACUUAUUGUACUGAAAUGUAUACUAUGUCUUCUGCCAACAUUUGAUGAUAAAGGAAGUGAUGCAGAACUAACGCAGGAAAUAAAGGAACAUAUAUCACAUAUUGUUGUUAAAUAUCUCUUGAAAAAUUCGAUGAAAAAUCAAGAUGAAUUUUUGUACUGUAAGAUUGUUAUAACAGCUUUGAGAGUUUUGGCUCAUGUUUACUUUAACUAUCAUACAGCAGAAGUACCUCUACCAGAGUUGAUGGGUAUAUGCCAGUAUUUUAUACUGUAUGGCUUAAUCAAACAAAAUAGUAAACCAGAAAAAAUUCUACCUGCCCAACAAAGUAUUGCUAUUACUCCUGUUAAACCCACUUCAAAAGGUGGCAAGAAACAAAAAGUUCGAAAACAGAGGAAUAAUGCCAUAGAAAGCUUAAAAAAAGAAAUACCAGUAUCUGAUCGAAGCCUCAUGAAGGAUGUGGAUAAUUUCGAAAAUAAUUCUGCUUACAAACCAGCCAGUAAAAAUUACUUGGAACCAGCGAAAGCGAAAACCUGUUGGGCCUUAACUAGCGAUUCAGAUAUUUCUGAUUUAGAAAACAGUAGAGAGGCCAAACUUAUAGCAUUGAAAUCAAGAGUACGACAGAGUGCUGCAAAUUUGUUCUUAGUUAUCUUCAAGAUAAAAGAUAAGAGAGAAUUAUUUGGUUAUUGGUGGGCUCUCUUGCCUGAUUCUCCUGAUGUUAACAAUUGGCUUGCUGAAGAAAAUUCAAAGAAAACCCUGGCAUACUGCGCAGUUACUGACCCUAUAGCCAGCAGUAGAGCCAGUGCAUUAAGUGUAAUUUUAGCUUUAUUAUCAGGCUCCAAGAUGUACUUGGCACAAGCUGAAGUCAGUAAAAGGUCAAACACAUCUUUUAUACCAUUCUCAAUAUCUCUUGGAUAUAUCAUAAACUGUAUGCAUAAGAUUCUAUUUGAUAUAUUAAAUGGUGAGAGAAGUCAUGCUGUAAUCAUAGUCACUUUGAAGUGUUGUGCUGCUUUAGUGCAAGCAACCCCAUAUCAUAAGAUGCAAGAAGGACUUAUUAGUGAUUUGGUGAAGACUACAAGAAGAUUUUUGGUUCAUCGAGAUAUCACACUUCAAGUUGGCGCCUUGAUAACUAUGGGAUGUGUUUUAUCCAUUGAUCCUAAAGUUGAUGAAUUACUCUUAGCAAUUCGUAAGGAUGCUUCGUGUUCUAAGAGUGGUCCAGAUUCAUCAAAUAAAGAAAAUAAUAUAAAUAUGGAAGAUUGUGAUGAUUUUGAAGAGGGCUAUUCUGAUGAUGAAAUGUUCACUCCAAUGGAACCUGUAGAAGUGAUAGUAGAAAAAGAUAAUAAAAAUGCGUCUUACUUUAAUACAUGGAUCUUGGAUAUUUGUUUCAAGAAUUUGGGAUGGAUGUUUAAAGAUCAUGAGAGAAUUAAUUGUCAGCCAGCAGCAAUACCAGUGAUUUUGGAGUCGCUUCAAGUAUUAUCUGCCAUUGCGUUUCACCAUUUAGCUGAAAUACUCAAACCGCACAUUAAGUUGUUAUCUGAUAUUUUAUACGAAAUGUUGCUUCACGAACACCAAGAUGUCGUGCUACAGACUGCAAGAUUAAUAAGCAUCAUAGGUGAUGCCAUACAAAAAUUGGAACAAUUAGAUGAAGCGCCACCGUUAAAUCAUUGUGUUUAUAUGUGGGAGAAGUUUAUAACUCCCCUAUCUACAGUUCUGCAAUGUCAUGAGAGUACUCCGGCUAAAGCUGUCGUAUGCGACUGUAUCGCUAAUAUAGGCGAGAAAUCCUUUAAAGAGUUACCCGACCGUACCCAAAUGUUAUGCUGCACGUUGCUAAUGGGAUCGUGUAGCGACGAAGAAGCGAGUGUGCGCGCCGCCGCGGUACGAGCGCUCGCUAUGACCGUCAUGUAUAGAACCUUAAGAGAGGACAUUUGCUUUGUAAGUGACUGUGGCGAGAAUAUCCUGAGAGCAUUGUCGGAGACAACAUUGGUUGUUAGAACGAAAGCGGCGUGGGCGCUCGCGAAUCUCAGUGAUGCGCUCGUUUUAAAUGCGGAGGAACCGGAUGUGGAGAGGUUGGACGAUGACCUAUUGUUACGUUUACUUGAGGUUAGCGUUAACUGCGCUACCGAUAAUGAUAAGGUAAAAAUGAGCGCAACACGUGCUCUCGGCAACAUGUUGCGUUUAAUACGAGAGGACAACCUCACACGUCACCCUCAAUUGAGGGCCUUAUGCGAGGUGGCUGUGGGAAAGCUUCUGGAAUGUUCGGUGAAGGUGACCAAUAUGAAGGUGCGAUGGAACGCGUGUUACGCCAUCGGGAACGCUAUGAAGAACGAUACGCUGUUUGUGUGCUUUAGCGGAUGGCAGUAUCAAGUGUUCCCAAGCCUCUGCAACUUGGCCCAAGAGUGCAAGAAUCUCAAGGUGCGAAUAAACGCGGCCGUCGCGUUGCGUGCGCCGAGUACGCGUGCGCACUACGGGCCGCACUAUGCGCUCGUGUGGCGAGGCAUUAUGGAGGCCAUGCAGUGCGCGGCGAACGUUGAUGACUUCUCUGAAUAUAGACAUAAGGAUAAUUUGAUUGAACAGCUAUGCGUAACUCUAGCCCAUAUGUGUUGCCUACUCAAACAAACGGAUCUCACUGAUAUUCUGGAUCCUCUGGUGUUUAACUUCGACUGUGCCAAGUCUCUAUACACCCAGUUAUAUCAGAAGUUGCCUCCAGAAAAUGCCUCGUGUAUGAAAAUACUCCAAGCUGCUAAAUAUGUGACGGUUGAUUUGACUGCUGCCAACGAAUCUCAUUUGCAGUCUUUGGGAAUGUUGCAAGAGAUAUUUAUAUGGGAUUUGUAGUUGAUUUUGUAUUUAUGACACGGCCAGUCAUAUUUUAUUUAUUAAGGAAAUAAGUCAAAAAGUUAAUGUUUCUUAUCUGUAUAAUUGUCGAUUUUUUUUUAGAGAAAAGUGUCUUAUCAUUUUUCAUUGUCAAGGUCGUUUUUAUGCGAUGUUGCGCAAAGAGCCUCUUAAUGGUACAUCCACAUGCUAAUUGCCGUGCCAAGGAGGUGUUCUUAAACCGUAAUAAUUGUCUCUUACGCUUUCAUGCAUAGGACACUGAAUAGAUGUUGAUGAAAUUCUGGAAAAAGACUCGUCAUCAGCCCAUAUAUGUUCCCACUGCUGCCUCCUAUGAGGGUCCCAUUCCUCCCGUAUGGAAAAAGACUAAACCUUGGAAAAAGACGUUUUUGUUAAGGAAACAAUACUUCACUGAAGUGAAAUAAGGGUUUAUAAAACAUAGAUAACCAUCACGCGAUAAUACGAAGAGCACACAAGCAAAAUUGGAAGGGGAAAGCUAAUUAUUGUGUAUAUAAUAUAACCGCAGUAUA